CAAUAGCAUUCAUAUAUCCGCAAGUGCAAUCCCUCCGGUGUUUCAGCUUGUAAAGCAUACAGAUCAGAGUUUUGUAUUGCGACAAGGUGGGAGGAUCGAAGGCGCCUCUCCGAAGUACGAGACGGCCGCGCCACCACCAACUCCCUUCCUACCAUUUAGGUUCUCAACUCUGCGGCCUACGCUGAGGAUUAUAGCUACGGGUCGAAUGCCCGGGUUCGAUCCUAGGCAAUAAAUAUGCCUUGCUGAUGGCUGAUAAUCGGACAUUUCGCCGCUGUUUCUAACUUGUCUUUCUACGAUCUCCAUGCCGUCUUCGAAAGCUUUGAAGGGACUGCGCUUCGUUGCUCUCGCCCUAGUCUUUGCGACUGGUGUCGCAACGGGAGGCGUCGCAUUGAACUGUUUGAACAAAGGCAAAGAUGAACAGGACCGUAUCAAUGAGAAUUUACCCAACGAAGCAUGCAGCCAGCUCCUAUUUCUUCCUUGCACAUCUGUAAAAAUCAACGUCAAGGAUCUUGCUGGCUCCGCGAUAGUAGUUGUUCUCGGCGCUCUCUUAUCUGUCAUUUUUUCUGUUGUUUACAUGGUCCUCCCUCGGCUUCAUACCUUCGCUUCCAACCCUUCCAAGCUCAAGUUUGUCGAACCCCUCUCAUGGGCUUUCUCCACUAUCGUACUGAUGGGGGGGUUAAUACCUCUUACUGUAUUUUUCGCCACGCGGAAAGCUGGCAUCACCGUGAUGCUCGGUGAUCUUAAAGUGUCGACUCAGAUCAUUGAUGAGCUUCUCGUCAUUCUGCACGAACAAACGACAUACAAGCACAUUGGCUACCUGAAACCUUUGGUUAUCGUACCGUGGUUCACGAUGUUCUUUUCGGCCGUUGCGGGCGGGCUAAGCCUGCUAUAUCAUCGCCAGCCUGGGCCCGCCAUGCAACAAGAUGGUUUGCUUGAUAACCAGGCGUACAGACAAGAGAAAUUCAGUCGGCUAAAGAAGAUAGGGCUGGUGCAUAAUAGUAUAGUUUCGGAAGCGGUCUUUGUAGUAGAGCGGGACACAACGUCCAUCUCAGUCGGGUUAGAGGACGCCAUCCAUCGGCUCGAUGCAGUCCAAUCCCAUUAUAACGUAAGGAGCAUACCACAGUCCCCCGUAGUAGAAUAG